AUGCUUUCUCUGGGUCUUCACAAGUGGAUGAGGAAUAUUUCCCCGGAGAUGUUGCUGUUGGUGCAGAUCUUGUGGUUUUUACCUCUGACUGGAGCGGCUCCGUCUCAGACUACCGAGCAGCUGGACACCGGGGUGGACUGGCUGAGUAAAUUCGGCUACCUCCCUCCCCCUGACCCAGUGACUGGUCAGCUCCAGACCAAGGAGGCCCUGACCAAGGCCAUCAAAGCCAUGCAGAAGUACGGCGGGCUGAAGGAGACCGGAGUCUUAGACCCAGCCACGGUGGGUCUAAUGAAAACACCCAGAUGUUCCCUGCCAGAUGUCUCUGAGGCGGAGGGGACAAUGGGCCGCAGGAAACGAGGCUUGAACCCGCAGAACAAAUGGAGUAAGAGGCAUCUAUCCUGGAGAGUGAGGACCUUCCCUAAGGACUCUGCCUUACUGGGCAGGGACACUGUUCGAGCCCUGAUGUACUACGCCCUGAAGGUCUGGAGUGACAUCGCACCACUCAACUUCCACGAGGUGGCCGGCAGUGACGCAGAUAUUCAAAUCGACUUCACCAAGGCCGACCACAAUGAUGGAUAUCCCUUUGACGGGCCAGGGGGAACCGUGGCGCACGCGUUUUUCCCCGGAGAAAGGUUCACAGCCGGGGAUACGCACUUUGAUGAUGACGAGGCCUGGACCUUCAGAUCUCCAGAUUCUCAUGGGAUGGAUCUGUUUGCGGUUGCAGUUCAUGAGUUCGGUCACGCCAUCGGUCUGGUCCACACCUCAGCCAUAGAAUCCAUCAUGAGACCGUACUACCAGGGUCCCGUAGGAGACCCUCUGAAAUACGACCUGCCCUACGAAGACAAGGUCCGCGUCUGGCAGCUCUACGGUGUUAGAGACUCGGUGUCCCACACAAACCGACCAAGCAACCCCUCCCAGACGGCUGAACCUCCCGUCCUGCUGGACCUUCCUGAAAACAGAACCACUCUCCUGCUGGCACGAGAUGCCCCAGACAGAUGCACCAGUCACUUUGAUGCCGUGGCCCAAAUACGAGGGGAGGCUUUCUUUUUCAAAGGGAAGUACUUCUGGCGACUAACAAGAGAGAAGCACCUUGUGUCGCUGCGUCCGGCUGCGAUCCAUCGCUUCUGGAGGGGCCUCCCACCAAAUCUGGACAGCGUGGAUGCUGUGUAUGAGAGGCCUGGGGACCACAAAAUAGUCUUUUUCAAAGGUCUAAAGUACUGGGUAUUCAAAGACAACAACGUGGAGGAGGGCUACCCUCGUCCAAUCAGUGACUUCGGCCUACCCUUGGAAGGAUUGGAUGCGGCCUUUGUUUGGCUACACAACGACAAAACCUACUUCUUCAAGGACAGCCACUACUGGCGCUACGAUGACCACCUGAGGCGCAUGGAUCAGGGCUACCCUAAAGACAGCACGCUUUGGAAGGGGCUGCCGCCACAACUGGACGACGCCAUGAGGUGGUCUGAUGGCUCGUCCUAUUUCUUCAAGGGGAAGGACUACUGGCGAGUGCCGAGCAGCGACAUGGAGGCGGAGGCCGGGUACCCCCGCCUCAUCGCUAAAGACUGGCUGCUGUGCACCGAAAUGCAGUCGGACUCUCCGGACACGGAGUCCAAAAGCACGGAGACGAGAGUCAACGUGCACCAUCAACCGGACCACGCAGAGAACGGAUACGAGGUGUGCUCCUGCACCUCGGACACCGCCUCGCCUUUAGGCGCCCGCCCCUCCCCGUCACCCCUGUGGCUGCUGCCACCUCUCUGGACGCUCUCGCUAGCCCUCCGCUCUGAACUGCUAUGAUGCCAAAGCACGGGACAAAGUUCUCAAGUCGGGUGCAAGAAAGAGACGCUUUGGUGGAGGGCCAGUGGACACUUAAUACAAACUGGAACAUUUUGUUCAUAUAAAUAUCAAUUGGUAUGUUUUUGCUAUUAUUUUCGCUGUUAUUUAUUUCACAUGCCAUUUGAUGGUCAUCUAAAGCGCCUUGCAGUAUGGGUAGUACAUACAGUUGUCAUAUAAUCAUACUAGGGUAUAUCUAGUGGGCAUCAAUCCACUUGACAAUGACAUUGCUAGUACCGUGCUUAACACAUUGAGUUUCACAGAACCAUAAGUUCUAUCUCUUAGUUUCUUCUCGAAUGGUUAAAGUAUCUCAUCUUUGCAACGAAGCUAAUCGAGUGUUCAGAAAUAUGUUCACGUGAAAUACAACAGUACUCCAACAGCACCCAUAAUAAUUACUUUUUUCAUGUAGAAUAAGUUUACAACAAUAAUGAAUGGCAUCCAGGAAUGUAGAUUUCUAGCAGCUGAAUGGUAUCCUGAGAUGUUAAUAGUUGGACAGGUGAAUUGAUUUAAAGGUAUAUUUGUAUCUUAUAAGGAAUAGUUUGACAAUUUGGGAAAUUAAAUUGGCUUAUUCUCUGUCUGGCCAAGAGAAAUAUUAAGCUACAGCGGCAAACCAGUUUCCCUGUUUCCAGUCUUAAUGCUAAGCUAAGCUAACUAGGCCCUGGCUGUAGCCUUUUAGUUACCUCACAUACAUGAGAAUGAUAUCCAGAUAUUCAGAUACAGAUAUUAGAUGGUCUUCUCAUCUAACUCUCAGCCACAAAGCAAAAAAAAAAUGUGUGAUUCCCAAGAUGUCGAACUAUUGCUUUAAAGGUAAAAUGUGUAGGAUUUGGCGACAUGUAGUGGUGUGGUUGCAAAUUGCAACCAACUGAGUACCCCUCCGCUCGCUCUUUCCUUUCCAAGACUGAGGUAACGUGAGCUGUCGAGUGCAAAAGCGUGGUAAUGCCGUUCGCCUCGCUUAGAGGCCA